UGCUUCUUCGCCAACGCCUCACAACUCUCAAUCGCCAUCUCUCCACUUCCUCUUCAUCCACCAAAAUCCCACUUCUCUACACGCACACAAAUGAAAAACCAAAACGACCCCGUCACUCUCCAAUGGAAAGUGCUUGGUUUUGGGCAUGAAAAUGCUGUGUUUGUGCCUAGAUUGAACCCUUAUUUGGGUGAUGAUCUUGUUCAGUGUGUUGCUCUUGGUGGAGUUCACUCUGUUGCUUUGACUUCACUUGGGAAGAUUUUCGCUUGGGGUUAUGGUGGUUUUAGCGUACUUGGACAUUCUGUCUAUCAUAGAGAGUUGUUUCCUAGAUUGGUGGAAGGUUCUUGGAAUGGGAAAAUACGGCACAUUGCAACCAGUGGGACACAUAUGGCUGCAAUAACUGAAUCAGCAAGUUCUAACUAUGAGCUUGGAAGAGGUGAUAAGGUUGGUGGUUGGAGACCUAAGCCAAUUCCUAGCCUUGAAGAUGUUCGUAUCAUUCAGAUAGCAAGUGGUGGCUGUCACUCCCUUGCAUUAACUGAUGAAGGCAAAGUUCUUUCUUGGGGAUAUGGUGGACAUGGUCAGUUGGGUCAUUCUUCAACCGAAAAUCAGAAAGUACCUGUGGUGAUCGAGGCUUUAGCUGAUGAGCGUGUAGUAUACUUCUCUUGUGGGGGCUCAUCGUCAGCAGCCAUAACACAUAAAGGGAAGUUGUACAUGUGGGGAAAUGCCAAAGAGUCUCAAUUGGGAGUUCCUGGGUUGCCAGAGGUCAUGUUGUUACAAUGGUCUACUAAUCAAAAGGUUUUCUCAACUCAUAUAGACACAACAAACAAGUAUGUAUCGUUUAAUAGCUCAAACAGAGGCUAGAACAGAUGUGUAGAAUCUGAGGAUAGGAUAAGUUCUUUAAGUUACUAAAAUAUUGCCAAAGCAUUUAGGAGGUGAAUUCAGAUUGUUGACUGGUUAGUCAAUAAGUGGAGCUUCACCUUGACAAUGGCUGACUCAUAAAUGCUUUUGUUUGAUUCCCUUUAAUGAAUUAAAUUAUCUGGGAAGACUAGAGAAUUUUGACAUUAUAAGCUCUUGUCAGAAAUGCAAGUUACCUUCCAAAUCUCAUGUAAUGCCUGU